AGGAACUCAUGUUUCAUAUUAUCCAACAGUGGUGUUGGGGAUAUAAUGGAGCAAACAGAUGGAUGGCUGUUGGGAGACUCUGGCUACCCAUUGAGGCCUUGGUUACUAACAGCGGUUGGGGUGCCUGCUACAAGGAGUGAAGAAAAGUAUAACAGAUCCCACAAGAAAACAAGAAGUGUAGUGGAAAGAGCAUUUGGAAUGUUGAAGUCCAGAUUUAGGUGUCCGCAUAAAACAACAGGGUGCAUCCUGUUUUCUCCUGCCAAAAUCUGCAAAGUGGUAUAUGUUUGUUUUCUGUUGCACAAUAUGUGUAUUGAGAAUGCAGUUGACCCCCCUGAGGAGUUUGAAGAACCAGAAAAUGAACCAAUGCCAUACAAUGGUCAUCUUGCUGAUGGACGCCAAGCAAGAGCCGAUCUCAUCAGUCACAGAUUCUGAUAAAUAGUGUUAUAUCCAUUUUAGAAACUUUUGGUAUUAUGUCACUAGUUCAUGGUUAUAUCAAAAUUGUAUGUGAUCAAAUGUCAAUUUAAUUUGGUACAUACACUGGAAGUCUCAGUGAAUUAAUUACCAUGCGUUAUAUACAGACAUUGUGAUCCAGUGGUCAUUACUUCAAAAAUUAUGA